AUGUUCACCAAAGAUUUUGAAAUUGAAAAGGAUGACUUGAUUCAACUUUGGAUGGCUCAAGGAUUGCUUCACCCUUCUCCCAACAAUAGUGAUCUAGAGAUGGAGGAUGUGGGAAAUCAAUAUUUCAAUAUUCUGUUGGAGAACUCUUUUUUUCAAGAUGUUAGAAUGGAUUACUAUUAUGGCACUAUUAUUACCACAUGCAAGAUACACGAUCUUGUGCAUGAUCUUGCAGAAGAUGUAUCAAAAUCAAAGACCAAGGGAUCCAAUGAGAUUCGACAUGUGCCGCAGAAUUCAACCAUAGAUCUACAAGAAAUUCCAAAAGGAAUUGUUCAUAAAGUGCGCUCAAUGUUUUUGAAAUGUGAAGUUCUUGAUAACAUCUUACCAAGAUUUAAAGGUUUGCGUGUCUUAAAAUUACAAGAGUCUGAUAUUGAUGAGUUGACAAAUUCAAUUGGAAAGCUGAAACACUUGAGGUAUCUAGAUAUUUCAGCAACAAAGAUCAAAAAGCUCCCCCAAUCUAUUGGCAAGCUUUAUAACCUACAGACGUUAAGAAUGCAUGAACUCGAACUUGAAGAGUUUCCCAAGGAACUGCAAAAUUUGAUCAACUUGAGACAUAUUCAUUUUGAGGAUUGGCAUGGAGAUGGAAGAUAUCCAGUUGGCAUGGGGCGGUUGAAAAAUCUGCGAUCAUUAUCCUUUUUCAUUGUGGGUAAGGAGAGAGGUCGUGGAAUAAAGGAGCUGGGUGGCUUAAAGCAUUUGAAAGGCGAAUUAUUUAUUAAACAUCUGGAGCAUGUGAGAGAUGGAGAAGAAGCAAAAGAGGCAAAGUUAGCAGAGAAGACAAACAUACGCAGACUAAGGUUUUCAUGGGGUUGUCUACGAGCAGGCAUCAAUAAUGACAGGGAUGUACUAGAAGGCCUUAAACCGCAUUCUGCAUUGAAAAGCUUAGAGAUUCGCAACUUUAGUGGUGAGACAUUUCCACCCUGGAUGAUGUGUGGAGAUUUAUUUUCUUCAUUGAAAAGAUUAACUGUUGAAAAUGCAAAGAACCUAACUGAAUGGAGGACGGAAGAAGCUGCAGUAUUUUCAAUAACAGAAAGAAGAGUGGUGUUUUCUCGCCUUGAGGAGUUGUUGUUGAGGAAUUGUGAUCAAUUGAGAAGUGCUCCCAUAGAUCAUUUUCCAUGUUUGCAGAAGUUGGAGAUAGAUUCCAUGAAUAGCGGCAUGCCGAUAGCUAAUAUUAUAAGCACUCAGCUGACGACUCUUACUCGUCUCACAAUAAAGAAGAUAAGGGGACUUGUUUCUCUGCCAGAAGGGAUGUUAAAAAACAACAAGAAUCUUGCAUAUUUGGAGAUAAGAGAUUGUCCUGAGUUCAUUUGUAUUGCUGCCGAUGUAUAUGGUUGUUGCGCAUCCCUUGAGUCACUGCGUAUUUCUUCCUGUCCUAAUCUUAGGUCUUUGCCUCAUGGGCUAGAACACUGCACCUCUCUUAAGGAGUUGACUAUAGCUCAUUGUGAAAGUCUGGAGUGCAUCCCAGUUACGAACGGCCUCCCAUCCCUCCGCGAAUUAUAUAUUUCAAAUUGUGAUGAAUUAUCAAGCCUACCGAGUGGGUUACAACAUUGUAUCUCCCUUGAGUGCUUGUCAAUAAGGCAUUGCCGGAAUCUCGAAGCUAUUCCAAUCACACACGGCCUCCCAUCCCUCCGCCAAUUAAAGAUUUCAUUUUGUGCUGAAUUAUCAAGCCUUCCAAAUGGGUUGCAACAUUGUACCUCUCUUGAGCACAUGUCAAUAAUGAAUUGCGGGAAUAUCGAAGCUAUUCCAAGUUUAGACAGCCUCACACAACUCCGUGAGUUGGAGAUAUGUCGUUGUGGUGGAUUAAAAGGUUUAUCCCCCAACGCGUUUGCAGCAUCCCUCACCCGCUUAAAGCAAUUGGAAAUUGGUUGGUUCUGGGAGGAGCUCGAUUCCUUCCCUGCUUUUCAUGUUAUUCCACAACUUGAAACAUUAAGCUUGUGGGGUUGGCCGAAGCUCAACUAUCUGCCUGAACAAGUUCAAUGCUUCACUUGUCUAACUUCUUUAACAAUAAACUCCUUCGACAACAUGGAGGCUCUUCCAGAGUUGUUGGGAAAUCUUGCAUAUCUUAAGAUCCUAAGUAUAUGGAAUUGCAAGAAUCUGAUGUCUCUACCUACACUUGAAGCUAUGAAAUGUCUCACCAAAUUACAGUACAUAUAUAUUCAAAAUUGUCCUCUUCUGAGAGAGAGAUGCAAUAAAGACAGUGGUCCAGAAUGGCCCAAGAUUUCGCAUAUUCCAAACAUCUAUGUUCGUUGAGAGACAGGUGUUGAUCAUGGGGUGCAGAUUGAAGAAGCUGUGUUUCAGGAAAAUUAAUUUCAUUGUAAUUAUGAGGUUCUUUGGGAGAUUCAGUUUUAUGGAACAAUUUUUUAUCAAGAAUCCGAUCAAGCAAACUUUCUAGGCUUUGUAAAAGUUUCUCUCCUGAUCAUUUGGGUGGCUUAAGAGUUCCCUGUUGAGAGAAAAGAGAUUAUGAUUAUCGAUUUCCGUCCAUUGCCGUCACCACCAAGGGACAGCCAGAUGUUGCAACCAGGCUGUUUUUGAGGAAGAUGAAGCUGGAAUUGAAACUGCCGGUGUUGGCCCUUGUGGACAGUGAUCCAUACGGGCUGAAAAUCUUAUCUGUUUAUGGUUGCGGGUCGAAGAACAU